AUGGAGUUCUUUGGUGACGGGACGCACGUGCGGCUGCGGAACCGCAUGCACGGCGCGUACCUCCACGCCGACGAGGACGGGGCGCGCGUCUCCCUGAGCCCGCGCCGCGCGUCCCUGAACACGGCGUGGCGGGUGCACCGGGUCCGGCGCGGCGGCGGCGGCUACGUCCUCCUCCACAGCGCCGCCUACGGCCGGUACCUCGCCCUCUCGCCCCAGCGGGUGUCGCUGGUCUACGCCGGCCACACCGCCGUCCAGGCCGCCUACGACGCCCCGGAGCAGGGCGACGUCCUCUGGGAGGCCGUCAGGGUGGCGGACGAGGCCGACGACGUCCUCAUGCUCCACGUCUCCAACCGCCUCCUCCGCGCCGCCACCUGGAACCCCGUCUUGCGCUCCCCCGUCUAUGUCGACAUGGACAACGCCGGCACGAUGAUGCAUCGGGUGGUCGAGCCCAUCCCCCUGAGACAGGCGCCGCCAGUCCUUCCAGGCCCAACUGAGGGAGCAGUUCUUGAUCAGAGUCAUCAGACUAGCCCUUUUCGCCGCCCCAUUUCAUUUGUCCAUUCAGUUGCCAGUGCUGUCCUGAACACCAGUGUUGCAUUGCAACAGCUUCCCCGUGGAGUGGUGUUGCGGCGGACGAUCAUCUACAUGCGGGCGAACAACCAAGGGAAGUUCGACCCGCUCGACAGGAGAACGUACGGGUUCUCCGGCCGGUCCUUGUUCCACCUGACGGGCGACCUGGCGAACCAGCUGCGCGAGAAUUUCCACCGGAUCACGCUCUGCGUGCUGGCCGGCUCGCAGGGGCGGCUGACCCCUCUGGUCAUCGACCUGCCUGCCGAUGAGCAGCCCAUGGAGAUCGUUGUCUUUACCACCGGGUCAGAAGGUGAAAGCUUUGCAGUUGUUUCAGUAGCCAUUGCGGAACCUGUUAUCUGUUUGUGUUCUCAUGAAAGGUGUUCAGUUGAUCAUACCGAUGGGAAUUGA